AGUGGUUGCAAUAAAAGAAAACUAGCUAUCAAAAUUAAUGCAGCAAUUCGGACAAUUGAGGGGUUGCAUCGUCGGGGCGAGCACACUCCAAUUUUCAAAUAGUGACUUUUUUUGAGCGUUCGAAGAAUUUUGCUUUCAACGCGUUUCGCAGACUGUAUUCUCCCUUUUUUUUUUCACCAUUAAGACUGGCUUGAUUUACUGACAGGACCUUUUAUCCAAUCGACAUCUCAGCAAACCCAAAUGUUUGGAAAUACAGCAACUACGACGUCAAAUACAGGGUUUGGUGGAUUUGGUAAUUCACAACAGCAAAACAAACCCACUGCAGGAUUCGGUGCUUUUGGCUCUAACACUUCAACAGCACCGGCAACAUCUUUGUUCGGUGGAGCAACAAAUACAAAUACAAAUACAUCAAAUACAGGUAGUGGUUUUGGUGGAUUUGGAACUAGUAAUACACCAGCAGCACCUAAUACAUCUACUUCUACUGCCUUCGGAGGUGGAUCGACAUUGUUUGGCUCGAGCAAUACAACACAAACUGGUUCCACCAACACAGCUUCUCCAUUUGGUGGAAUUGGUGCUUCGACAACAACAAAUACUUUUGGAGCAGCAGGUGGAUUGUUUGGGUCAACGAAUAAAUCGGGUACUGGGCUUUUUGGAUCUUCCGGCACCACCAAUACAACCACAAAACCCUCAACCAGCGGCUUUGGGGGUUUCGGUACAACGAAUAACACAGCAGUUAAUACAGGAUCAUCAACUUUUUCAGGCAGCAGUCUGUUUGGAAAUAAACAAGCGGCAACAGGAACAUCGCUCUUUGGUAACAAUGCAACAACUACAGGCUUUGGAGGAGGCUUUAGUAGCUUUGGAAAAGGAGGGCUUUUUGGCACUAAUCAGCAACAACAACAGCAGCAGAAUACCGAUCUAAUGAACCAACAAAGAGCUCAGCAAGUAUAUCAACUAUUGGCGCAGCUGGAUCAAGAUGAAAAAGCACGAAACAGACCCUCUAUUACCAGCGACGAUUAUAAGCCGGAGUAUGUCUGGCAUGCAUUGGCUUUACUGAAAAGUUGGUGGGAACCUUCGCCUCAUUGUCGGUUCCGUCAUUACUUCUAUAAUGUAGUGACACCCGAGGAAGUUCAACGUUAUCAACGUCCACCCGAUCAUGACGAAGCUGCAUGGAAUCAGGCUCAAGCUGCCAAUCCAGACCCUACACGUAUGGUGCCAGCAUUAGCUAUUGGAUUCGAAGAUAUUGAAAAGCGUAUGGAAGAACAAAAGAAAUUAAGUGAAGCGCACAAAGCAAAAUUACAAGAAGUGAAGAACAUAUUGAAAAGGAUCACUCACAAAUCACAGUUUGAGACACAAGUUAGAUUAGCAGAAUAUAAGCAGAAGCAAAUGCAAAUAGUUCAACGAACCAUUGGGGUAAGCCCUGAAAUAGAAAUGAUCAACAUUUGAUAUAAUGUUUUCAUUUGGUUGUUAAUUCUAUAUUCAUUGUAGUUGAUGAAAUAUGUUCAAGUCC